GGGCAGGCCGGGCCGGGCCGGGCCGUUGGGGGCCGGCGGCGAUGAGCCGGCCGGACGCCGCGCUGGAGGGGCUGAUGAAGGAGCUGGGCGAGGGGAUGGCGGAGCUGCGCGCCCGGCGCGACGAGCUGACGCGGCUGAUCCAGGGCGAGGAGGAGGAGCGGAGCCGGCUGCAGGGCGAGAUCUGGGUGCUCACCGAGAAGCUGGCCCGCACCAACGAGAGCCUCGCCCGCAAGGUGGCCACGCGGAACGACUUCGACAGGACCAUCGCCGAGACCGAGGCGGCCUACGGCAAGCCCGUGAAAGCUGCAGGACUCCGUUCCCCCUACCACCACCUUCUUCCAUGGACAAGCUGGCAAGGUUACACCGACUGCCCUUACUGUGUGUUACCAAUGAGUUCUACCAGUGUCUCCUCCUGUGGGGAUUCUGGAGAGUUCUCAGACCUUGCUAAGUGUCCUGAAGGGAGAAAUGGGGAAUAGUAGUAAAGCGACUGAGCCAAAAAGCACUUCAAAAGAAAAACAAGCAGAUGGACAAAAGCAUUCCUAAACUUGCUCUUCAGCCUGGAAAGAUCUGCUGGUCUGGGACAGCUGCUGUUCUGGUACAAGGAUGACACAUUUAAUAAAAGUUUUUGUCUUGCAGAA